AGAGAUCAGUUACCAGGUUGCAUAUCCGGUGGCGGAGAGGUGUGCCCUGCUAUCAGUGUCUCGCAGACCUGGCUCGCACAGACGACAAGUAGCCAUUUUGUUGAUACAUAUUCCCUUGAGGACGAAAACACAUAAAUGACUUGUGCUGCGUGUGGUUGCAAUAGUCGUUAUUUAAAAGAAAGCGGCAAACAAUUUUUCAGCUUUCCUAUCAAAGAUCGUGAUCGUUUUGAAAAAUGGAUUGCUUCAUUUCAACAUAGAAACUGGAAACCAUCUGAUACCCUCUGUAGUGACCAUUUUACGGAAAAUGACUUCACUUUGCUCCCAGGAACAUUGGUUCCUUGCCUCCGAACAGACGCGGUGCCUUCUGUCUUCAGUGUAUUGCCAGAUAAUGAUAAAAAGCUUAUUUUAAAAAGAAGAAAUCCAAAGAAGAUCCAAAAAUCACAAGAAAAAAGCUGCAAUGCAAUAAACUCUGACGACAAGCUUCCGAACUCCGAAGCGAGCAGUCCCGGUGACCAUGUUGAUCACAACUACUCUGUUGCAUGCAGUGAAACUGAAAAUGACAUUCCUUUUUCAAGUCUAAACCCUGGUAUCAUGAAACUGAAGCGGAAAAUAAGACGUUUAACACGCCGUGCACAGAGACAGAAAUAUAAAAUACAAACCAUGAAGGAACAAGUGAAGAAAUUAAAACGAAAUAAUCUGAUGAGUAAACAAACAUGGAAUUCGGUGCUAAUAGUUGAGGAUUUUUAGCAAUGCUUUAAAAGCUAACAGGUUUGUGACAAUAAUGUCUUUUUUUUCUUUUUCUUUUUACCCCUACAAUGUUCAAUAAUGCAGGUUUCCCUGUCUCCCCCCCUCCCCCCCCUCCCAUAGUUCACUAUCAUAAUGAUAUAAUGAUGACAGUUUAACAACACACAAGAAAACAGACAUAGAAGGCUCAAGUGGUACAUUUCUACCAAAUCUUUCAAAUACAAAACCGUAACUUUCAAAAAUAAGGUUUAAAAACAAUUGUUAAAUAAAAUAAGAACAGCAUAAAGGGACAUAUGUAAUAAUAGUUCAUAUAUAGUGUUUUUCUCCGCCUCACAGCGCCACCCACGUUUUUCAGAACUCUUUGUCGAAUUGAGUCUGCUUUGCUCCAUUCUGUCAAUAAACCAAAAAUGUUACAAGGCA